GCUGCGAAUGCUGCCAACUUCUACACGUUCAGUGCCGAAAAUAUCGACGGUGAAACGGUGUCCAUGGAGAAAUACAAGUUUAACCGACAAAAAUUACGCCCAGCUGCAAGAACUGUAUACCACUUACGCUGGCCAGGGCCUCAAUAUUUUAGCUUUCCCAUGCAACCAGUUUGGACAUCAGGAGCCUGGGACAAACGCCGAAAUUAAAGCAAAUGCCCUCAACAAAUAUCAUGCUACCUUUGAAUUUUUCGCCAAGUGUGAUGUCAACGGCUCUAAUGCUCUUCCACUUUUUAAAUAUCUACAAACCGCGCUUCCAGGCACUUUAACUAAGUAA